CUUUGCCUUCUCUUACUGUAUUGGUCACAAGUUGGUUUCCACCGUAGACCUGCCUGUUGAAAACUGAAAGCAAACAAACAUGGAGAAAAGUGACAUCUCUGAAAUGGAGGACAUGAGAGACAUGGGAAGUCUCAUAAAGAAGGAAUUUGUGAAUGUAUGGAUACGGGAUCCCCAACUCCACAGAGAGGAUUACUGGCACACUCACAUCGACUAUGAGAUCUGUCUUCAUACCAAUAGCAUGUGUUUCCAGAAAAAGACCUCUUGUGUGAGAAGGAGAUACAGUGAGUUUGUGUGGCUUCGUCAGAGACUGCAGAACAAUGCUCUUCUUGUGCAGCUGCCAAAACUUCCUCCUGCUAAUCCUUUCUUCAGCCUCAGCAACACACUGCAGCUGAACAAGCGUAUAGAGGGACUGCAGAAGUUUCUGGAAGCAGUAAUGAAGAUGCCUCUUUUGCUGUCAGACAGUCAUUUGCACCUCUUCCUGCAGUCCCAGUUGAGUAUUGCUCAAAUGGAUGCAUGUGUGCAUGGUCUGACUAGAUACACUGUGGCCGAGGCAAUCCAGCGCUACGUCUAUGACACACACAUACCUCUGAAGGAUGACACCACACACUACUGUGACUCUGACUGUGAAAGAUGUGCAUGUGAGUUUGGCCUGGGCAUCUGUGGUGGUGCAGCUGCUCCCAUUGAAGUAUCUUCCCAAAAUGGGGGUUCUGUCCGCCAGUUCCUCGUCAUGGGAGUCGACCCUGAACCUUUCAUUUGUAUAUCUUUAUCUCUGAAGAGUCAGCAAGAUACACAUACAUAA